GAGUACGGACAGUCAGCAAGCGGAGGGAUGGUUGUACGGCAAGUUACGUCGUUGUCUCCAGCGCUUUCUUUGUGGCAAUCUCCAUCAAGACACGAUCCCAACCUCGUACUCGAUGGCACCUCUAGUAUUUGGUCCCCCGCAUCACUCCCCGCGCAACUCGGUGUGCGUACGUCACGCAUGAUCCGAGUCUCUCAUGUGGUCAUCCAACCGUCGGCGAACCGCCACGAGAUGGCGGGGGCAGAGACACGGUCUUGUGCUCCUAGGAACAUCAAGCUUUGGGGCAUUGUUGAUGGGAAACACAACAGAGAAAGGUUCGAGCUUUUACACACUCUCGCGCACCCCUUGCCCCGUCCGAGUAUACAUAGAAACUAUCUCUGGGCUUUACUCGGUACGUUCGUUUACGACGUCCAUAACACCGCUCAUAGCCAGAGGUUCUAUGUUCUGGAGGAGAUAGCUAAUUCAGAUAUGACGUUCGGUAUAUUUGCACUAGAGAUCAUUGACAACUGGGGAGUACGCCCUAGUCAUACCUGUUUGCAGAGUUUCGCAAUAUACGGCGCUCCUGAGACUAUUGAGUAG